UUCGUUAGCAGUAGCGUACUUUAGCGUGGAUCACUGUUAGCAUGUAGCAUCCACUGCAGGGAGGCUUGCCUUGACUGGACGGCGUUCAUUCAAACUCUAUUUGUGUUGCUGUCUUAAAAAACAUGAUUGUUACAUAAAUUAGCAUCUCUUGUUUUUAAUCAGUUUUGUGAGAACAUUUAAAAUGAACAUGGUCCUCGGUCUUUAAUUAAAUCAGUGACACGUGUGUAUCGCUUGCAGUUAGCCGAGCCCGUAAGCUAACAUUCGAAGCUAACUAACUAAUAAAACACACUGUGGCUAGCUUGAGUCGCACAAGAAGGAAGUCAGAAAGAAACUUCGGUUUGUUUCAGGAAGUGCCCUUUAUUUCCAGCAAUCAAAAAUCAAAAUGCUUACACUGUACCAAUUAGAUGCGUUGGUCUAGUCAUGAACUCGCGAGAGUCUCCGUUAACUCGCCGACGUACUCACCCCGAGCUACCGCUAGAUACAUUCAAAGGAAACCAGAAAGCACCCGAAACUGAAGAGCCGCAACCACCACCACCGCAACCACAACCACAACCCGACAGCCAAGUUGUGAGCCAGGAACCGUACAUCAAACACCCCUUGCAAAACAAAUGGGCCCUGUGGUAUUUCAAAAACGACAAGAGCAAAAGCUGGACAGAGAAUUUGCGUCUUAUUUACAAGUUUGACACAGUGGAAGAUUUCUGGGCGUUGUACAACCACAUACAGCAGCCAAGCAAACUCGGUAUUGGUUGUGAUUAUUGCUUAUUCAAGGAUGGGAUCAAGCCCAUGUGGGAGGACGACAGGAAUAAACUGGGGGGUCGAUGGCUGAUCACCCUCAACAAACAGCAGAGGCACAAUGACCUGGAUCGCUACUGGAUGGAGACGCUCCUAUGUUUGGUCGGUGAGUCGUUCAAUGAGGCGAGUGAAGACGUGUGCGGCGCCGUGGUCAACAUCAGACAUAAAGGCGACAAACUCGCCAUCUGGACGAGUAAUUGCCAAAACAGGGACGCCAUCAUGACGAUAGGGCAACUUUAUAAGGACUGUCUGAAGAUCCCCAUCAAAGCCAUGCUGGGCUACCAGUCACAUGACGACACGUCCAGCAAGAGCGGCUCCACCACCAAGAACAUGUACACCGUUUGAAACACUCAUUUCAACUGGCUUGCAAGCCCUCAUCAUCAUCAUCACAUUUAACAUUCGGACUCAUCCACUACUGUCGUGUUCUUCCCUUUUAACCGCCUGGCCCAUUUGAGCAAGAGAACACAAUUUCCUUUUUAGCAUCGAAGAGAUUAACGGCCGGGUCCUCCCCUAGCAUAGCUGACAGUAGUUGUUUUUUUUUUUGUUUGUUUUUUUUUUUUUGCAGCUGGUGGAAGAACAAAUGAUAUCUAGCUACCUAAAAAAAAGGGAGAUGGUUUGCAAAAGUCAGCACAGCGCAGUUUUAACUUGGUGUACCCUCUGAAGAACCACACAGGCCCUACUGGCUUAAAAAGGUUCUAAACAGGUUCUAAACAAGGUUCUUACAUUUAUUUAUAAUGUAUGCAUUGCGGUUGAAAGAAAUGUUUUUUUUUUUUUUUUUUUUUUUUGGUUAAGGUUAAAAAAAAUGCGG